AUGGCUAAAUCGUACCGCGAAGCUCUUUUGACCAGACCAAGGCAGAAGCAGAGCAAAGCCAACUUCGUUUUUACCGUACAGGAUGACAACAUCAGGGAGAACAUCCGAUACCGCAUCUACGACUUCUGCUUCGACAUCGUAUACGACGACGCUCUCAGACCAUCCAUCAUGCAGUACAUCCGCGUGCUGUACCUGCCGCCCCACCCACUGUUCAAUCGUGAAAAUUGGGAGAAAACCAUGGUACACCGCCAUUGGAGCCAUAAGCCUCGUGGCCUCGCCCUCCUGCGCGUGGCCUCGAACAUCUAUCGCGAGGUCUUCUUCCGCUUCUAUUGGUUCCACCUCCCCAACUGGGCCCUCCCCUUUGGCGAUAUACCUGACCUGCGACGCCGAUUACGCAAAAUUCCAGAGCCGCACGACCGCAAUGUCAAUGCACACGUGAAAAUCCGCUGCUUCUUCACCGACGAGAAGGAAUCCGAGAACGCUCGUCUCAACAUUGUCCGGCCCUCCACGCUGAGGGAGAUAUUCUACCUGAUGGGGCUCGGAGAUAUCUCUAUACCUUGGGUGAGCUAUACCAAUGUAGACGGGAAAAAAGAGAAAAUCAUAAUCGGUGUAGGCUUUCAGAUACUCCAAGAGCUCACCGAGGAAAAUUGGAUGAGAUCUCUGACCUUCGUCGGUAAGCUUGGGAAUAUGGUAUUUCGUCCCUCUCGGAACGGCGUGUUAGGAGGGCUGGACUUCGCCGCCAGCAAAUACCAAACUGCCGGGAACACGGCUCCAGCAUUCCCAGAAAAACGUCUAAAUGUAAAGGGGAUCCAAGAUGUCUUUCGCCACAUGCGUCGCCACCUCGAGAAUGCCACUGGAGCUAUCAGACAGGCCAAGGCUUAUUUGCCGCCCCUACGCACCCAAUCACCGGAAAGCUCAUGUAAUACCGGCCCUCCAAGGGUCUAUCAAAGCCACGGAACUGCGGUUGCAGCUGUCGAAAAACGGCAUGCGUCCGAAAACAACCCUCAAAGAAAUCUAAGUCUGGCAUCCGAACAUGUCAUCCGCGCCUCAAGACCGGCUAGUCAGCCUGAACCAAUUGAGCCACUUCAGCAUGGGCAGCAUCUGUCUCCUCGGUCGCAACAUAGCCUUGAGAGUUUCUUCGGUCAACAGACUCGCAAAAGUCAACUUCGUGGAGGCUCCUUGCUUGUACUACUCCACGAACUCAAUCACCAUACGCUUGAUCUGAUCGACAACCUCGAACACAGUAAUGCCAUGAGCACAUCUAGACCGGAAAUGGACGAAAAGAGUCUGAUGCAGGAAAUGUCGAGAUGUUCAACGCAAAUUUCCGAGCUCAUCACUUUGGAUGAGGUCUUGCGGGCUCCUCCGGAGAAGUAUGAACUUGGAGCACUAGAUAUCAGCCGUCCUAAAUCUGAACCGGAUAGGGUCGAAACAUGUUGGAGUCCAGCACUCCACGAAGCAACCGAAGAAGAAAACGGUCUCGACAAUAUCCGAAAUACAUUGAGGAGUCAAAGCGGAACGCAUACACUAUCUUCGUUUCAGACCAAUUGUCCCCCGCAACUCGAGGAAGGCUGCCUCUCGGAUCAUCGCUCUACCAGAGCAGAGCCUACACAUGAACAGUCAAAAGCAUACUAUGCCCAUGAAAUGGGCUUUGAAACGCGCAUCGCACAAUGGAUUACGCGCGAGAAUGAUCCAAUACCAUCCCGCAAAUCCUCAGUUUCUUGGUCCAGUGGCAAAGAGGCUUGCGAGCUAUCUUCUCGCAAGCGCGUCAGCUCCUCCAAUUACCAUGUGUGCUUUUCCCGCCGUCCUUUGUCCAACAAGCAUCCUCCAUCCUCCGGUACGGCCUUCCAAUCAACAACCUCAUCAUCGUCCCGCUCUACGUCGAGCAAAUGUUCAAUCUCGGCCAUGACGGACACUUUGGCGCCGCAAGCACCCACCACCACUAUUGCCGAUACCUCUACCGAACGACAACCAGCGCCACCAUCCCAACAUUACCAAGUUCAGAGCCCCGAAUCGAUAGUACCCACGCCAGCUCCCUCAAUCACCGACCGAGCCACCACCACCCCGCCACUUCGAGAGCUUCCCUUGUCAAAGACCACGAACGCGCAGAUCACGGACGACGUGCACAAGGUAGCGACCGCUGCAGCCACCACCACCAUCAGCUCCUCAAAAUCGUCUCGACGAGUGUCGUCAUCCUCCAACGUUGCGAGUUUGUGUGCAGACGACAGACGGCCCGAGGACGAGCCGAUCAUUGUCAUUCCCGGCGCGAAGCAGUUUCUGACGCCGAAACGAGACGUCAAACCUUGGUGGGAGGCAAGUUCCGGCGGCAGUCAGAGCACAGGUGGGAAGAAGAGGAGGAGUGGUAGGGGGAAGGGAACGAGAGGGAGUGCGGAUGCGUGGACGUAG